UGUGACGGGCGGCACCGCCCGGCCGCUCUCGCCUACCCGGGCGGCGGCGGGCCCGCUGCCGCCCUCCCCCGGCGCCUCGGCGGGCGGGAGGAUGGAGCAGGGGCUGUCCGCCAUCACCCUCUACUGCGCGCCCGCCGCCGGCCCCGCGCCCGCUGUCGGCGCCAUGGAGCCCGAGCAGCAACUUGCAAAGGGAGAUGGUGGCUUUGAGAAUGUGGAGCUGGGUGUCAUAGGAAAGAAGAAGAAAAUUCCAAGGAGAGUUAUUCAUUUUGCAAGUGGAGAAACAAUGGAAGAAUAUAGCACAGAUGAAGAGGAAGAUGAACAAGAGAAAAAAGACCUGUUGCCACCUGUAGAUCCUACAACGCUCACGUGGGGACCCUACUUGUGGUUUCACAUGCUGCGAGUUGCAACAUCAACUUUAUCAGUAUGUGAUUUCCUUGGGGAAAAGAUUGCAUCUGUUCUGGGGAUAAGCACACCAAAAUACCAAUAUGCAAUUGAUGAGUAUUACAGAAUGAAGAGAGAGGAGGAAGAGGAGGAACAGGAAAACAGGAUGUCAGAAGAAGCAGAAAGACAGCAUCAGGAACAGCAGAACAAGCCACAAGCUGAAGCUCCUGUCCAGACAGACCAGCCUGAAGCAACAGCGUGCUCUUCAUUCGUGAAUGUAAACUUUGAAAAUGAGGGAGAUUGCCCGUCCAUUGGGAAAAAUAAACAAGAUGUAGUUCCCGUCCCUCCUUAAGUGUAAAGCUCUGUAUAAUGUAGGAAAUAAGAACUGUCAGGUGUCACAAUCUGGCUAUAAACAGGAAAAUAGGAUUAUACUUGUUCAGUGAAAUACAACUCCUACCAUUCUUAUUGAUCAGGAGAGAGCUAGGUGAUGUCAGUUCUGUCUGCCUAAUAAAGGCUGAGGCAUUCUGCCAAAUUGGCACUUCAGUUAAAAUGAAAAUUGCACUACAAACAUUUGGUCUAAAAUUGAAUGUGUGAGCUAAUUUCUGUGUAAAGCAAGUAAAAAUGUCUUUUCUUUGAAUUGCUGUGUCUCUAACACCUGUGGAUUGCAGAGGCAGUGCUGUUUCCUACUUCUAAACACCUGUUUCUGAUUUGCACAUUGUUUGCAACUCGGCUCUCUAUGAAUAGAUUAAUAGGAAUUAAUAUCCUGUAACUCACAAUAAUGUCUGAUUUCCCCUAUUUAUUGUCGCUACUGUAUGCAUGUAUUUUUUCUGUUGUUAACAUAAGAGAAACUGUUAGAUUUAAUGUUAAUUAGAUUUAAGGGUCCAUUGACUUUUUUUAUUUAAAAAAAAAAACUUUCCAGGGGGCUAUAAACAACCUUAAGAACUUAGUAACAAGUACCAGCACUCUUGGAGGCUGAUAGUGCUCAGCUGCUCCAUUCAGUGCUGUAGCAAAAUACAGAACUAUUGUAAGUGUAAGACAUUCCCACUAUAAAUCCAAGAAUUAAGAGACCCACGUGCUUGAAUGUGUGCUCUCAAUGGUCCUGGGAAAGAAACUAAAGUCUUGCUAAAUUAUAUUGAGUGCACUGGACCCUCUGUAUGGUACCAGUCUAGAACUAUGAAAACUUUUUCGGACAUAGAUUACCCAAGUCCAUGUACUUGAGUGACCUAAACAAACUAUGUGUUUAAUGUUAAAUUACCAGUAAGUGAUGUGCCAUUGCAGGUAUUUUUCUCCCCUCUAGCACAGAAUACUAAAUAACAAGAAACCACAAAACAAACUUGUGACUCUUUUCUUCUCUUAAAUAAACACAGUGUGUUCUGAUACGGCACAUGCAGCAACAGUAAUUUUUAUUUUUGUCCCAAGUGAAGUGCAGGUAGCUCCAAAUCAAAUACCAGUUAAGGCGAUUUUACUGAAAUGACUGUUGUACCUGUAGCUGGUAAAAGGUAAAUGGUUUACUUUGCAACAACCAGAUGUCAGUGCCCUAGGCAUUUUCUAUGGAGAACUGUUGUGGGUAAAGGAGCAGAGAACCUGCACUAGGUAUAGGUACUAUGUAAAACCUUACUUCUGUCCUUGAGAUUUCCAAAAAAAUUUUAAAAACAGUCCAAUGUUGCAUUGGGUAUCAUCACAUGUUCCUGCCUUGCUUUCACUGCCAGCUAACUAAGGAGCCUGAUGCAACACCACAGGCCAGGUAACUUGGCUAUUAGUUUCCAGAGUUAUGUAUAUCAGACACCCCUUGGCCUGAACUAGUGUCCUGGGCAGCACAAACUCCUCAUCUCUGUAGCAUUCCAUCACUACAGAAAAUGUGAGGAAGAGGAUUCAAUCAUCAUCUCUUCUGUUUUGAUACUUUGCCUCUUUUUGAAUUUUAAGAUAGAGGGUGCUGACCACAGUGUAAAAUCAUUCCUUAGCCCUGAACAUGUGCAAAGGAGAGCUUGGUUCAACACCUGGGGAAUACAAAGAAAACCAGCUUGUUGAGAGUUCUUAUACUGUCAAAGAUAGAAAGCCUCACGUUGCUUGAGUAAUAAUACCUUGACAGCUGAAGGAUGCUUUGCUUUUCUUCCAAGAAAUUAAUGUCAGUUGCUUUUUUUACCUUCUCUCCCUACUAUUUGUUGCAUCAGAAAUACUCUCACUGCCUUGGGUUUAAACUUCUUUGUAUAAAAUACUCUUAUUACUCACUGUGCCUUAACUUAAUCCUUCCUUCAGCUUUUUGCAAACUGUAUGAAAGUUGUUACUUUCAUAUUGGUUUAAUUUUUCUGUAAAUGCAUUAAUUGGUUAUUUUAUAUUUAAUAUAAUUUUUGAACUGGAAGUUGGUUAUGGCUUUUCUUUUACAACUGUGUGGUCUUUGAAACUUUAUGCCUGUACACAGGUGCCUGUUCACUGUUUACAUCUUUACUAAGUCACACAUCCUGGUUGAAUAUUCAGGCACCAGAAUUCAAAAUAUCAUUCUACCCCACCCCUUCCUUAAGAGUCCCAUGUAGUACUCUGUGUGUUCAGCACUACCUCAAACUAAUAAAUAAUGCAGGACUGCAAACA